AAAGAAUCGAAGAGCGAGAGAGAGAUAGAUAGAGAGUGAGAAGAGGGGCAAUGGAGUCCUCAAGCUCUGGCAAUGGCGAUGAUGGCCGUGUGAAGCCGAAGAAGCAAGCUCUUGGAUGGUUCGAAUGGGGUAGAGGUUGGUACAGCAUCAUCUGGGAGUUCCUCUUUCAGCGGAUCUCCGCCAGCCACUUGGAAAAUCCUCUCCGGCUGCCUCCUCUCCCCGACCUCACCUGCAUCGUCACUGGAUCCACCAGUGGAAUUGGCCUCUCCACCGCCCGGCAGCUCGCGGAGGCCGGGGCGCAUGUGGUGAUGGCUGUGAGGAAGACGAAGUUGGCUCAUGAGCUUAUUCAUGAGUGGCAGCUUGAAAGGUCUGGCGAUUUUCCUCCGCUUAACGUUGAGGUUAUGGAGCUUGAUCUGCUUUCCCUGGACUCUGUGGUGAGAUUUGCUGAAGCUUGGAAUGCACGAUUAGGACCUUUGCACGUAUUGAUCAAUAAUGCUGGGAUUUUCUCUAUAGGAGAGCCACAGCGUUUCUCAAAGGAUGGCUAUGAAGAACACUUGCAAGUGAAUCAUCUUGCCCCAGCAUUACUAUCACUCCUGCUCUUGCCAUCUCUAAUUAGAGGAUCUCCAAGCAGAAUUAUAAAUGUGAAUUCCAUUAUGCAUUCUGUGGGCUGUGUUGACACAGAAGAUAUGAAUGUUACUUCUGGGAGGAAGAAAUACACCAGUUUAGUUGGAUAUGCAAACAGUAAACUAGCACAGAUAAAGUUUUGCAGCAUCCUUCACAAGCGUAUUCCUGCAGAAGCUGGCAUCAAUGUUAUGUGUGUUUCUCCAGGAAUUGUUCACACCAAUGUUGCAAGGGAUCUUCCGAAGAUUAUUAUUGCGGCUUAUCACCUAAUUCCUUACUUCAUAUUUGAUGCUCAAGAAGGGUCUAGAAGCUCACUCUUCGCUGCCACUGACCCUCAGGUCCCAGAAUAUUGUAGCGUAUUAAAGUCCGAAGAAUGGCCUGUCUGCCCAUAUAUCUCUCAUGACUGCCGCCCAAUGAACAUCUCCGAAGAAGCACAUAAUCUAGAAACCUCUCUCGAUGUUUGGGAGAAAACACUAGAGAUGAUCGGACUCCCUAUCGAUUCUUUGGAUAAACUUAUUGAAGGUGAGGAAGUCCAAUGCCGCUACAGGUCUGCGAAGGACUGAUUCAGUCUGUCGAUCUGCAGAUAUUUUCAUUUCUGAGGUGAACACACGCAGAUCAUUUAAUGGAGCAUUUCUACUCUUAAUUCUGCUCAGUUUAGUUAAAUCUAAUCUUGAGUUAUGGACCAAACGUUCUCUCCACUCUUUGUUGAUGGAAUUUUUCAUGCUCUAACGUUUUUGUCCUUUGAUGUAAAAGCUUGGAUUAUUGAUGUUGUUCCCUGAAAUAAUGACAUGCUGUUUUGCUCCCAGUACUUACUAA